AAAAAUGACAAUCUAUCUGUCAAAUCUGUAUAAAUAAUUUCUCUGCGGUUUAUUUUUAUUUUAUGAAUAAGUUUAAGCUAUUUUGUGAUUAUAACAAAUUCGACGUUGACAUGUGAGAGAUUUUAGAAUUAUUUAUUUCAUGUUAUGCCUAAAGUGGCAUCAAAUAUAUCAAAAUGGUAUAUGAAACUGUACCUAGGACAGUUCGGAUUAUUUUGUUAGGAGAACCAGGAGUCGGUAAAACUUCGUUGAUUCUGUCUCUGGUAACUGAAGAGUUUACAGAACAUGUACCACCAAAGGCGGAAGAGAUCACUAUACCUGCGGAUGUAACCCCUGAACAGGUUCCCACGAACAUUGUUGAUGUGUGUCUUGCGGAGCAAUCUAUCGAACAAGUGGCUGAAGAAAUAGAAAAAGCCCAUGUAAUAUGUAUUGUAUUUUCUGUUGAUAAACAAGAAACACUUGAUAAAAUAGCAACAUACUGGCUCCCAUUUGUAAGAGACAACUGUCCUGAUGACUGUAGGAAACCUGUCAUAUUGGUGGGAAAUAAAAUCGACCUCAUUGAUUAUUCAGUGAUUGAUAAUAUUUGGGACAUUGCAGAAGAAUAUCCAGAAGUGGACAGAUGUAUAGAGUGUUCUGCAAAAACAUUAACAAAUGUUUCUGAAAUGUUUUAUAAUGCACAAAAAGCUGUUUUGCAUCCAAUUGGACCUAUUUAUUCUAUUGAAGAACAAGAGUUAACUGAAAGGUGUAAAAAAGCAUUGUCAAGAAUAUUUAAAAUUUGUGAUUUGGAUGGUGAUGGAUUACUUGAUGAUUAUGAAAUAACUGUGUUUCAAAAGAAAUGCUUUGAUACUCCUCUACAAUUGCAGGUUUUAGAUGAAGUAAAAUCUGUUAUUGCACAAAAUAUAGCUGGUGGUAUAGAAAAUGAUUGUAUUACUAUGAAAGGAUUUAUUUUCUUACAUUGCCUAUUUAUCCAAAGAGGUAGAAAUGAAACAACAUGGACUGUUUUGCGCAAAUUUGGUUAUGACGAGAGUUUAGAGUUAACACACAGUUAUCUGUAUGCAAAGUAAGUAACAAUAAAUUUGUCAUACAAGGGUCAACAGUUUCUGACACAGUUAUUUGAGAAGUAUGACAGGGACAAGGAUGGAAUGCUCAAUCCAACGGAACUGAAGAAUGUAUUCUCUUGCUGUCCGCGGGUACCAUGGCACAAUUUACGAUACACUGUCCCUACUAAUGACAAGGGUUUUUUAACAUUGCAAGGUUGGAUGUGUCGAUGGACUCUAAUGACUUUAUUAGACUUGCAAAACACGAGCGCCUAUUUAGCAUACCUUGGUUACAAUUUCCUUGAAAAUGAGUCACAAAAAACUGCUAUACAUAUAACGCGCGACAAGAAGGUGGACGUGGCGAAGAAGCAGUCGAGCCGCAGCGUGUACCAGUGCCACGUGAUCGGGCCGCGCGCCGCCGGCAAGACCUCCAUCUGCAGGAGCUUCCUCGGCAUCGCGCACAAGGUCACUCCUGCAGCUCUUUCAAUUUAUAUAUUCAUGUUCUUUCAUAGCAUUGCUAGCUUUUGCCUGCGACUCCGUUUGCGAGGAAUUAAAAAUAACAAAAGUGAGUAGCCUAUGUUUUUCCAGACUAUCCUCGGAUUAUUCCCAUACGUUACCCCGAUCUGUCCCCACGUGAGAAUAAAAAGUUUCAUCCGUCGCACUAUCACCAAUAAGGUGACAGAUAAAACUGUUAUAUUAAUUGUUAAUUUCUGACAGAUUACAAAUCAGAUUUCUUUAUUGUCGUUAACUUCUCUCUCACACAUUCUUCUAACAGUUUGA